ACGAGUGAUGGGGAGGAGAGCAGGCAGAGGUGAAGCGAGUUCCGGGCUUUUGGGCACCUUUCACCAUUGGAGACGGUGAGCGGAUCAGCAGAUUCGGGGAAGAAGCAACUAGGAUGCAGCCUCCUCCCCGCAAAGUGAAAGUUACUCAAGAGGUGAAGGUACGUUUUGGAGAACAGCUUUCCAGUCUUCAGAAUAAACAGCAGCAAGAUACUGAACUCUUGGAAGAUAUCAGGUCCUUUUGCAAGCAAAGAGCAGCUAUUGAAAAAGAAUAUGGACAGGCACUGACGAGACUGGCAGGUCAGUACCUUAAAAGAGAUUGGCAACGUGGGAAAAAUGAGACCAGCGAAUGCAGGAAUGUGUUUUCCGUGUGGAGGUCCAUGAUUGAAGGAACUGCUUCUAUUGGGCAAACCCGUGUCAUGGCUGCUGAGAGCUAUAAGACCUUGACAACCGAAGCUGCAAAAACUGCUCGAAAUGCAAAGGAGCAAUCUCUGAAAAAGAGCAUUGACCAGCUUUUGAAAGUUCAAAAUGAACUUUUAGAGACUGUGAAAGAGGUUGGCAAAACUAGGAAACGCUACAUCCAGCUAGAGCGGGUCGGUGAAGUGGCCAAGGAAAAGGCAGCUGAUGCCGAUGCAAGGUUAAAGAAAAGCGAUCAUGGAAUAUUUCACUCAAAAGCCAGUCUACAGAAGCUCAGUGCCAAGUUUGCAACACAGCUUGUUGAUUGCACUCAGCAGUUGGCAGAAGCACGGAAUGAAUACCUACUGGCACUGGCAGCAGCAAACGCACAUCUGAAUCAUUACUACUUAAACCACCUGCCCGAUAUCAUGGAGUGCUUAGAUGGCGAUCUUUAUGAAAGACUGCGAGAUUACCUUACAAUGAUCAGCAAAAUGGAACUAAAUACAUGCAAGUCAACGCAAGAUCGGUUCAGAGAUAUCAUGGAGGCAUCACAACAGGUUUCCAGAGAGCAGAAUCUCCAGCUGUUUUUAAAAGAUACAAAUCUUUUCUCUCCUGCACCUGUCCAGCUAUUCCAGCCUGCUGGUACAGACAAGGUAUCGAAAUUGGAGACCCUAACCAAAGGUCCAAAUUCAGAAAACGUACUGGAUAAAGAGGCACGAAGAUGGACAAGCAGAGCUGCGAGAGAUUAUAAACUGAAAAUACAUGGAGAGCGGGUCCUUCAAAGAUUAGAAACAAGAAGGAUAACUGCUACAGAAGAAGAAAUAAUCAGCAUGGAUCAGAAGAUAGAGGAAGUGAAGGAAAGUGUGAGAAAAGCAGAGGUUAGUAAAGUGAAAGCUGAUGCUCGAGUGGAGCUGUUACGCCAGGUUGGUGUGGAUGUGGAUACUUGGCUAUCUGGCGCCAUGAUUCAGGCUAAUGAAGAGCUAGAACAGGAGAGGCGUCUAAGUGAAGCCAGAAUGUCUAAUGGAGAAAUGUCACCCACUAUGGAAGAAUUCGAUUUCACAGAUUUUGAGGAUUGUGAUGAAAACGGUGAAAUAUUUGAGGAAUCUAAUCUAAAUUUCAGUGGUUCUCGGUCAUACCCAUCACCUUGUCAAGUGCUAUAUAGUUACCAGGCCUCCCAGUCAGAUGAGCUUUCUAUCACUCAAGGUGAGCGACUGGAGGUCAUUGAAGAUGGAGAUGUAGAAGAAUGGGUCAAGGCUCGGAAUAAGAAUGGACAAGUGGGCUACGUCCCCGAGAAAUAUAUUACCUUCUUAAAUCUUUAUGCGGUUAACCAGAGAGUGGCAGACGGCACGCAAGCAGGUUAUAUCAGCAGCCUUCCCACAGACAAAGCUGGAAUAUCAGAGUUCAACUGGACAGAGGCAGGAGUGUGCCUUGCCAGAGCAUUGUAUGACUAUGAAGGUCAGAGCGCAGAAGAGCUUUCGUUUCCGGAGGGGGCCAUUAUACAAAUUGUUUGUAACGAAGAGGGUGGUGUGGAUGAUGGCUUUUGGAAAGGGGAAUUCAAUGGGCAAAUUGGAGUCUUUCCCUCCCUGGUGGUGGAAGAAUUAUCGAAUGAUGACUCCCAAGCAACCCAGGACCUUCCUUCACCGGCUCCACCCCCAUUCCUACCGCCAUCUUUAACUCUGUUUCCCAACCAAAGAAUCCAGCUCCAUGGAGCAGCUGCUGUAGCAGAUUCCGAUUCUAGACCGAACGAUUCAGGAAGUUCUCAAAGCUCACCUGAUUUUGCAGCCACGAGGUUGAGACCUAUGCGGGCCGCUCCUCCACCUCCAACAAAGCCUCCUGAAGCAAGUGGAACGGAAGAUACGUCCUGAGUUUUGAUAUGUAGCCUCCAACUGUGCAUGAAAGCAGCUCACCACCCAGAAGUGAACUUCUGCUUGUGAAGACUUGAUGAACAUUUACAGAUGCCACGUCUGUCUGGAUCCUAUCACCCCUGAAUUGUGUGCUUACAUGAACAAGGAAUGAACUCUCAUACCAAAGUGACUAAAUAUUGUUCCAAAGAGCAGUAUUCAUUCAGUUCAACUCUGCUUUUUAUCUUUGCACUAUUAGGAUACUAGUUGUAUUUUGUUAAUCGGUUUACAAUUAUAAAUAUGUAAUAUUAACAAUUAGAUGUUUAAAAAAAACCCCACAAAUAUUAAAUGCCUAGGUGGGAUAGUUAUCCUCGGUUUUUCCAUUUCUGUGAUGUUGGUGUUUUCAGACUGUUUAUUUUUGUAUUAAUAGAAUGGGCUUUAAGGCUUCUUGUGUUAUUGUUAAUAAGAUUAAUAAAAACAGGCCCAACCAAGUCAGCAUUUAAUAUGCUCUCAUUUGCUGAAACAGGAAAAAACUCAACUACGUAUAAGUUGGAACAGACAAAAGAGCAGUAGAUCAGAAUGGCUUUGCAGUAGAGAAGCAGCUGUUGUGUGAACAUGUCCAACAUUCGAUUAGCGUGAAGGCAGCAGUAAUAUUAAAUGAGCAUCUGCUCCACUUAGAUCGGCUAAUUUCCUUUGCGUUCUUUUGCCCUUUUAUU